UUGUUUCUUUUAAUAAAAGAAUUAAAACCACUCAUCAUGCCGCGUAUAAUGAUCAAAGGCGGCGUUUGGCGCAAUACAGAAGAUGAAAUUCUUAAAGCGGCGGUUAUGAAAUAUGGCAAAAACCAAUGGUCGCGUAUAGCUUCAUUGUUGCAUCGGAAAUCAGCGAAACAGUGUAAGGCAAGAUGGUACGAGUGGUUGGACCCCAGCAUCAAGAAGACGGAAUGGUCUCGAGAAGAAGACGAGAAACUGCUUCACUUGGCCAAACUCAUGCCAACACAAUGGAGGACCAUCGCUCCUAUUAUUGGCCGUACAGCUGCCCAAUGUCUAGAGAGAUACGAGUACCUUUUGGAUCAAGCCCAGAAGAAGGAGGAAGGAGAGGACAUGGGGGAUGACCCCCGUAAAUUGAAGCCGGGAGAAAUUGACCCUAACCCUGAGACAAAACCUGCACGUCCUGACCCUAAGGACAUGGAUGAAGAUGAAUUGGAAAUGCUCUCAGAAGCUAGAGCUCGUCUAGCUAACACACAAGGCAAAAAAGCUAAAAGGAAGGCUCGUGAAAAGCAGUUGGAGGAAGCAAGACGUCUUGCUGCUCUGCAAAAGAGGAGAGAACUGAGUGCUGCUGGGAUUGCAGUACCAAUGAGGCGUAAAAAGAAGCGUGGUGUUGAUUACAACUCAGAAAUUCCAUUUGAAAAGAAGCCAGCAUCUGGAUUUUAUGAUACUUCCACUGAAGUUGUGGACCCCAUGGCUCCAGAUUUCUCCAGACUCAGGCAACAGCAUUUAGAUGGAGAACUGCAUUCUGAAAAAGAGGAGAGGGACCGUCGUAAAGACAAACAGAAGCUAAAGCAAAGAAAAGAGAAUGAUGUGCCCCAGGCUAUGUUGAUGGGUGAUCAGCCAGCUCGCAAACGCAGCAAAUUAGUUCUACCAGAACCGCAAGUUACAGAUCAGGAAUUGCAACAAGUAGUGAAGUUGGGCAGGGCGUCAGAAGUGGCUAGAGAGAGUGCGGGCGAGGUGGGCGGGGCUACGGACGCGCUGUUGGCGACGUACGCGCUAGAGGCCGCCACGCCCCAACCGCAGAGGACACCGGCGGCUAGAGACAGAGUUCUGAUGGAAGCUCAGAAUGUAAUGGCGCUGACUCACGUCGACACCCCUCUGAAGGGAGGGCUCAACACUCCGUUACAUGAGUCUGACUUCUCAGGAGCAUUACCACAGUCUAUGGUCGUUGCCACACCCAAUACUGUGCUAGCUACUCCGUUCAGAUCUUCUCGCAGUGAAGUAUCUACUCCAGGCAGUUUCGCUACACCUGGACAAACCAACACGCAAGGCGGUAUGUUGACUCCAGGGCUUCGAGACAAGUUGAGUAUCAAUCCAGAAGACAGAAUGAAUGGGGACACGCCACAACAAAACACUCAGAUUCAAAAACAGCUGAAAGCGUCAGUACGUAGCGCGCUGCUGUCGCUGCCGACGCCGCGCAACGACUAUGAAAUUGUCGUGCCCGAGACCGAGGGGGAGGAGCCGAGCGAGGCCGCCGCCGCGCCCGCUGUGGAGGACCAAGCAGACGCGGACGCCAGACUCAUGCGGGAGUCCGAGGAGAAACGUCUCGCAGCUCUAGCGCUUCGUUCGACCGCGAUACAGAAGAACUGCGUGCGACCAGUGGAGGUGAACGCGUCGGUGGUACGCACGGGCGGGCCCAUGACGCCGCUACAGAAGGCCGAAGAGCUGCUAAAGGCCGAAAUGCUCACCAUGCUGCACUACGACGCCUUACACGAUCCGCCCCCGGGCGUGGACAAGAAGCGCUGGGUGCAAGUACAGGCGGGUCAUCUGGCGUACCUGGAGAGUCACCCGUACGAGCAGUUCUCGCGCGAGGAGUUGGACGCGGCGCGGGCGAUGUUGGCCGCUGAGCAGGACGCGGUGAAGGCCGGUAUGGGACACGGGGACCUCGGCAUAGACGCCUACACGCAGGUCUGGGAGGAGUGUCUGGCGCAGGUUCUAUUUCUACCCGGUCAAAAUCGAUAUACCCGUGCCAAUUUGGCGAGUAAAAAAGACAGACUAGAGUCGGCUGAGAAGCGACUCGAACAAAACAGAAAUCACAUGGCUAAGGAGGCAAAAAAAUGUUCAAAAAUGGAAAAGAAAUUAAGAGUACUCACAGGCGGAUACCAGAGCCGAACAGCUUCACUGGUGAAACAAUUCCAAGAACUGCAGGACCAAAUAGAGCAAUCCAACCUGGAGCUAUCCACAUUUAAGUUCCUGGCCGAACAGGAGAAGGCCGCCAUUCCACGGCGAAUAGAAUCAUUAACAGAAGAUGUUAAUCGGCAAACAGAACGUGAAAAAAUGCUUCAGAAAAGAUAUUCCGAGCUACAAAGAGAAUUAGAAGACUUGCAUGUAGGGAAAAAGCAACAGCAUGAACCAAAGUCUAUAGAACAAUAGCGACUUUAGUUCAAUAGUGACCACAGUCGUGAUGGGUAACAUGAAGGUCAAUUUUCAUAUGUGAAAAAAAUAUUUUCUAAAUGUUUUUGUAUUAGUUUUAUGACAAAUAAUAAUCUAAACUUGCAUACACACAUGUCCUGCAAAGUCCAAUCGCCGGAAAGAGUGAAUUCGUCAAUAGGGCAACGUUUAAAUCACGCUGUAAGGUAGCAGCAGCAUAGACAGUAAACAAAAAGUUUUGUUCGAUGUUUGAUUACUUUUUGUGUUAAUAUUCUUAUAUGACGUGUCCAACAUAUUGGAUUUUGGUCGGAUUAUUAUUACUUAUUGUAUAAACUGUAUGUGCUAGUAGCACCUCCUGCUUCGACCUUUGCGUAAUAUUCCCUACUGAGGUGACCUAUGACGUGUGUGAACAAUAUAUUGACAAUUGUGUGAAAGAGAAAAGUAGCUGUAAACUGUAGACUGUAAUUCAGUGGUCAAUUUCUCUGAAUCAGGCCACCAGACUUAACAAACAAAAUAAGCACACUGAAAACAACUAUUGAAGGUGACUUGAUUAUUCUGCUACUUUUUUAGGGUCAAUUUAUACUAGCGCAGAGUCGAAGCGCAUCGAAGCGAAUUAUUAAAACU